AUGAGGGAAACGAGAGCCAUGCGAAGAGGUGAAGUACAUCACCCACCAUCAGCUUCUUCGUUGCGUGGGGGUGGUAAGCCACCAGAAGAUAUGAUUGAACGGACUCCAGAGUACCUGUCUUUCAUGGAAGACCUUGAAGAGUUUCAUAGAUCACACGGAACGUCAUUACAAAGAGAACCAGUUUUGGGCUCCAAAAAAUUGGACUUGUACAGAAUCUAUAAAAUGGUCUGUGAAGCAGGUGGUUGUCAAAAAGUCAGUGAAGAACGUGGUUGGAAAAAGAUUACACUCCCAUUUAAUUUCCCCGUCACUUGCACGAAUAGUGCUUAUGUAAUGAAAAAUUUAUAUAUAAAAUUUCUUGAGGGCUAUGAAAUGGAGAAUUUUUGGGGGAAAGAGGUUCCUUAUGGUGGUCUAAAGGUUUCAACGACUGCCGGCUCCAGUCGAAAAAUGGGUGAAGCGUCAAAUGGCGUUGAGCACAGUUAUGUUACUAACAAAACACAUAUGAGAGAUAAUUCUAGAGUAAAUACAACGUUAAUGUCGAGAAGAUACAAUGCGCUACCUCCUAAUAAGCUCGAAGUCCAAUCCCUAGAGCCUCCUGCGCAUAGAGGUUCAUGGAGAGAAGGUUAUUAUUUGGAUGGGGGGCAUCAUAACCGGAUGCUACUCGCUUUACGAUCUACACUUCCAAAUGAAGUUGAUUGGGCAUUUAAAAGAUUAACUAAAUUUUCACAUGAAUGCUCAGAUUCUUUUCAUGUGGAUAAAAUUCCUGGUCUUGUGGAUGCACUUCUCGUCUUUGUUGCACCCUUUUUUGAGGAUUGUGCUAAAUUAUCUGACAUUAGCAAACCCGUUUCAACCGAAGAAGAUCCCAUGAAUCUUGAUGGUGAUGAUAGUAAUUCUGUGUCAAUGAAUCCUUUUUUUGAUUCGAUUGAAUCACAACAAUAUCAUCAACGAGUGCUUCAGGCUUUUCUAAUUAUAAGGAACUUUUCAUUUCUGGAACACAAUAUGAGACUAAUGGCUGCAUAUAAGCCAUUAAGAAAAUAUCUAAUUGAAGGGCUUAAAUUAAAAAUAUUUGGAAAUUUCAUUGAACUCCGGCAUUAUUGUUUAGAUAUUGUAGAGAACAUUUGUCCAUAUGUAAUUCUAAAGGGAUUGGACGACCCAUUUAUGACAACUAUACCAACUUUACUGUAUUCCAAUGAUAAAGCAUUGAUCAUGGGUGGGAUUCGAUCUAUGACAAGAUUAGCUCUAAAUGAGAGUAAUAUUACCGUUUUACGAGAUAUUGAGGCCAAGACAGUUCAACGUAUGAUCGAAUUAUUACUAAUUGAAGAUGAAGAACUUGUCGCAGCUGUACUUGAUUUGCUAUAUCAAUUCUCGGACUUACAUGAGGACAUGGCUUAUCGAAUAGCUCAAUGUACACCUGGUAAUUUUGUGCGUUUAAUGAUUAGAUUCAUGAGAUGGCAAGCUUUUGACACGGUGAAAGCAGCAUAUGACGAUAUUAUGCCAAUCGUCCCAAAAUUGCAAUUAUCCGGUCCAUUUGUUGACUUGCCUGAACCUUAUCGUACUAUUGAAUGGUUAAAAAUUGUUUACGAGUAUGUGCCAAACGAAAGUCUUUUGCAAACCGAGGUUUGGUUUGCUUACAGAGAACAAUUCUUCAAUUCACCCACUCCAAUGAUGCCGGCUGCUGAAGUGAUCAAACACGUCACUGCUGCAUUUCCGAAAGCCGUUGCGAUGAUGGUUACUAGAUCAGAUGGAACAACUAAAUAUCCUUUAUUUAUUUGUUUUCUAUGA